AUGUGGCAAGAAACAUUCCACCGCUGGACGAGGAAAUGCCUCACCUUCCAGGACAUUGAGCUUCUCUGCAGCUUUAGCGGGUUUGUGGAUGGCUGGAGGCCGCCGGCCUACCUUGUGGCAGAGCGCAAUCCGAAGGCCGCCCAGGAGAUUCGGUCCAUGCUGCUUGCAAAGUAUGGCCACUUUCUCAAAGCCUGGCGAACUGUUCUAGACAAGGAUAAUUCCAACGUGUGCAACUGGGACGAGUUCUACCAGGCCAUCAAGAACCUGAAGUACCAAGGGGACAUCGCUGGUGCCUGGCUGGCUCUGGACGAGGAUCUCAGUGGCUCGAUCACCUUGAGCGAGAUCGACAAGGAGUCCAGCGCCAUGCUCAUGAAGUUCAAGAAGUGGGCGGUUGAUCAGUUCGGGAGCGUCAGGGCUGCAUUCAAGGUCCUGGACAGAGACAAAUCUGGGGAGCUCUCGCUUCCAGAGUUCCGGCAUGCCGUCCUCGUGAAUGGGCUUGCUUGCUGCGACGACGUGCUUCUGUUCAAAUGCCUGGACUGCGGCGGUCAUGGACGGCUUCUCCUGCACGAAGUGAACUUCCUGGAUGAUUGGGAGGCUUGCGACGAUGAUGAUGACAGGUUCGGUUCGCUGGACGAUGAGCUGGAAACAAAGAAUUCCAGCAACACCCAAAGCCGCGCCUGGACAGAGCUGUCCGGGGACUCCAUGUAUGGCUAUGCCACAGCGGCACCGGGCCCAGGAGCCUAUGAUCACCUCGCGGGCUUUGGGGCCUGCGCCCGGAUGCCUACUGCCAGGCACACCGGAGCCGCGACCUUCCGGAGUCGGCCGGAGAGUACAUGGCUGAAGACCCCGCUGCAGUCAGUUGAGCCAGGUAGCUUUGCCCAAGAUCCAAAAGACUCGAUGACGCAGCGGCGGCACAAGCCCGCCUUUCGCUUCAGCGACCGCCCUCGCCUACCGAAGCAGGCAGGAGAGCUACUCACCUGGUCCUGGCACAUACUCGGCGCCAUCAGCACCAUGGCAAACGGUGCAGAAGGGGAGAAUAAGAUGUCGGUUCCCGGAAGCCUUCAGUGGGCCACGGUUCUCCAUGGGCUGCAGACGAGGCUUUGUGCUGCAUCCUCUCCAGAUCCCCGUCUGGCAUCGGGAGACCACGACGCCGCCUUUCUCCGCGAGAACUUCGCAAGUGGCCGGCAGAUAUUGCUUCCACUAGCUGGGGAUGGGAUUCUUUGGCUGAAGGUUGCUCACUUGUGGCAGGCAUGGGGUGACAAUCAUGCAGCCAUGGAAGGCGCCUGCCACACUUUUCGCGCUGCAGAGUCCAUUGAGCUUGAUCGCGCAAUUUUGGCGCCAAAGAUGUCGAGGUGGAUAGCUUCCAUGAAGAAAGCUGCCAGGACGAAGCGUUCCGUUGCUUCGGCGCACGUGCCAGACCAUGGAAGCAGGAAUGAUCCCGCUCUCCAGCGCUUCGGUAUUCCAGACACGAUGGUCCUGAUCGCCGGCGUCAAGCUCUGGGCCCACUACGAGAUCUUGAGUCAACACUCUGGCAAGCUCCGAGAAGAGCUUCACACCAGGAAUUUGGAUGAGCACUGGGGGCGGACGCUGGUCAUUCGCCCGGGCCCCUCAGCACCGCGCAGCGUGCAGGGAGUGAAGGCCUGGCUCCGAGCCAUCUACCCGCCCCAGGCAUAUCCCAAGCUCCUGGUUCACCGGGUUUUCUUGGCGUUUGCGCAAGCCCAGACGACAAAAGGAAUCUUUAAUCACAUCACUAUUCUUGCCAGUACAAACAGGAUAUUGGCCUUCCUGGCCUGUGCGGCCUCCCUCCGUGGAGAAAGAGAGAGGUUCACCUCCGAGGAGGAUCAUGAGGCCGCCUACAAGCAAUUUCGUCAAGAGUUUAACCGCAGCAGGGACGACCGCGUCUCUUAUGAGGAGCGGUUGGCGCAUUUCAAGCGCUUCCGAGCUGCCGUGGCGCAACACAACGCGCGCCCGGAUGCGAGCUGGAGCGCAGUUGUGGGCCAGUUUGCUGACUACACUGACGCGGAGUUCAAGGCACUCCUGGGACACCGGCGGACCAUCCGAGCCGAGGUCAAGACUGCGAGCUCAUUCCUGCAGACCGGGCCUUACAAGACAAUCGCGACCACCGUCAAUUGGAGUGACAAGUUGAGUUCCGUGGGUCACGUGAAGGAGCAGGGCACUUGCGGGUCCUGCUGGGCUGUGGCCGCCAUUGGUGCGCUGGAGAUGCAUGCAGAGCUGGAGUUGCAGAAGGAAGUCGUGCUUUCCUCCAACCAGGUGAAAGAUUGCUCCCCCAAUGUCCACCACUGCGGAGGCGAUGGCGGAUGCCAGGGUUCCACCUCCGAGCUUGCCUAUGACUACAUCGCGAAGAACGGCAUCGCCCUGGACAGCACCUAUGGCGGCGACAAGAACGUCGACCAACACUGUCAGCCAAUCACGCCGUACUUGCGCAUCGCAGGCUUGCAGCCCUUGCCCGUCAACAAGCUCCAGCCCCUGAUGGAGGCGGUCAUGAAAGGACCCGUCGUCGUGUCCAUCGACGCUUCUGGUUGGAAUUCCUAUGGCGGUGGCAUCUUCGACGGCUGCGCGAAGGAUGCCGUCGUGAACCACGCAGUGGUCGCGGUUGGCUACGGCUCGUCUGACGGCAAGGAUUAUUGGCUUAUUCGCAACUCCUGGGGCGAGACGUGGGGUGAGAAGGGCUUCAUCCGCCUGCUCCGCGAGAACAGUGACCAAGGUGACGCAGGCUAUUGCGGCACGGACCACAGCCCCAAGGAAGGGGUCGGUUGCGACGGCGGGCCGAAAGAGAUUCCCGUGUGCGGCAUGUGCGGCGUGCUCUCCGACUCCGUGUUUCCGACCGGCCUCCGCCUGGCCUGA